UGCCUGGCCAUUGUUGUUCAAAAAAAUUGUAUUUCAAAAAUUCAACGUGCAGUUUCUGUGGAUAUAUAUGUAUAUAUAUAUUCUUAUGACCCAAUUGCCUCUGUCUAGUUGUUUGUCUCUCUACAUCCAUCCAUUCGUCUUGCCCCGUUUCGAUGCAUUCCUGGGCAAAGAAAGGCCAUGAUUCUGCCCACAGCCACAUCAGUUAAUCAAUUAAAUCCACGAUACAUUGUCACAGCAAAAACUCCCAAUAAUAAGCCAAACUCACAGGCACAUACACGCGACACGGAAGAAACCCCCGAACAGCGACAACAGCCCCACCCUCCACCCACGACACAAACAUAAGAACUCCCCGAGAGAGAGACAGAGACCAUAGGAAGGAAGAAAGGCAGCAGUUCUUUGGUGGGUCGUGUCCUGUUGUUCUUGGUUCGGGGGGAUUUCUUGAUUUCUUGGUUGUUCUUGUUCGGCUUCUGUUGCUGUGGGUCUGUGUGUGCUAAGGAGCACUUUGUUCUUACCGUGUUGCUGUUGAGGGUGUUGGUGUUUGUUUUUCUUGUCGCAUGAUUGAUCGAUCGGUUGGAGUGGGAGAGAUAUGAGAGCAGAGGAGGAGAGGAGGAGUUAUGCGGACGCUUUGUGACGCCUGUGAGAGCGCCGCCGCCGCCGUCUUCUGUGCCGCGGAUGAGGCGGCUCUCUGCCUUUCCUGCGAUGAGAAGCUAUUUAUGACAGGUCCAUAUGUGUAAUAAGCUUGCUAGUCGGCAUGUAAGGGUCGGCCUGGCAAAUCCCAGCGAUGUUCCUCGUUGUGACAUUUGCGAAAAUGCACCUGCUUUCUUUUACUGUGAGAUAGAUGGGACUUCCCUCUGCCUGCAAUGUGAUAUGAUCGUUCACGUCGGGGGCAAAAGGACCCAUGGGAGAUAUCUCCUCUUGAGGCAGAGAGUGGAGUUUCCAGGGGACAAAUCAUCUCACCAUGAGGAGCCGGCUGUGCCCUCUAUGGAACCAGGGGAGGCCAGAAGAGGACAUCCUCAAAAUCAGAACUUGAAGCCUACGAUGGAGGAGAAUCAUCAGAACCACCGGGAAUCAGCUCUUCGAGCUCCCAAUACGAGUGACACUGAGAAGCUUGGUAAGAGGGACUCAAAGAUGAUCGAUCUGAACAUGAAGCCACACAGAAUGCACGAACAGGCUUCAUUUAAUGAGCAAUGACGACAGAUCACGAAAAUGGCUGAAGAGGAAUUUCUUAGUGCAAAGGCGGAAGUUUGGAGCCAGGGAACUCAUCUGUUACGCAUUUCUCUUGCAAUUUGGAAUUAUAUUGUUUUGGCAUCGUCUUAGUGUGUGACGAUGUGAAAAAUAGCCGUGGGCUGUCGAGACUUGGGUGUAUGUGUUUGCAAACUUGUUUGGAUUUAGUUUUAAUGACGUUGGCUCUUCAAAGAACACAGUUGUAGAAUCGCUGUGACUUUGAUUUUUCAAGUGUUCGAGCUUUAGGAUGACUGCUGGUUAGUUUUCAGGCACCCCUUCGCUGCACUUGCAAUUGCUAUGUACUCUUAUUUCCCUGUAAAAUCCUCACUUCACGACCCCCAAAGUUCGGGAUGA